UUUUUUAUGCGAGGGUAACCGAUGGGGAUUGGAACUGAGGCUGUUGAGCGGCAGCAGCUGCUCGCGUCUGAGAGAAGCCUUUGGUGGUCGUCGGCCUAAUGAGCGGACAGCAAAGAACGCUUUUCCAGACUUGGGGUUCAAAAGUCUCCCGUUCCGCUGGGGCUCCGAGUUGCAGCUCUAGAACUGAGCUGCCUCGGGGCCCUGGCAACUCCACGGCUCAUUUCCGUGCAGCGGCACAGGAGGCAAAGGAGGCAGAGGCUGCCGAGGCUCAGCCCGAGUCGGACGACGAUGUGUUGCUGGUCGCAGUGUACGAAGCAGAGCGGCAGCUCAGUCUAGAGAAUGGCGGGUUCUGCACCUCAGCGGGCGCCCUGUGGAUUUACCCUACUAAUUGCCCAGUGCGGGACUACCAGCUGCGCAUCGCCAGGACCGCUCUGUUCUGCAACACGCUGGUGUGUCUGCCCACUGGCUUGGGAAAGACCUUUAUUGCCGCCGUGGUCAUGUACAAUUUCUACCGCUGGUUCCCUUCCGGCAAGGUGGUCUUCAUGGCCCCCACGAAACCUUUGGUGACACAGCAGAUCGAGGCUUGCUACCGAGUGAUGGGUAUCCCGCAAUCUCAUAUGGCCGAAAUGACAGGAUCUACUCAAGUUUUUACCCGGAAGGAAAUAUGGGGCAGUAAGAGAGUCAUUUUUCUUACACCUCAAGUCAUGAUAAAUGAUCUUUCUAGAGGAGCUUGUCCAGCUGUUGAAAUAAAGUGUCUAGUUAUUGAUGAAGCCCAUAAAGCUCUUGGAAACUAUGCUUAUUGCCAGGUUGUAAGAGAACUAGUCAAAUAUACAAAUCACUUUAGAAUCUUGGCUCUUAGUGCCACACCAGGUAGUGAUAUAAAGGCUGUGCAACAGGUUAUUACUAAUCUACUAAUUGGGCAGAUAGAGCUUCGUUCUGAAGAUUCUUCAGAUAUUUUGCCAUAUUCUCAUGAAAGACGAGUUGAAAAGAUUGUUGUUCCCCUUGGUGAGGAACUUUCAGCCAUUCAAAAGGCAUAUAUACAGAUUUUGGAAGCAUUUGCCAGUUCUUUGAUUCAGAGGAAUGUUCUGAUGAGAAGGGAUAUCCCCAAUCUAACAAAAUACCAGAUAAUUCUAGCAAGAGAUCAAUUUAGGAAAAACCCAUCUCCAAAUAUUGUGGGAAUGCAACAAGGCAUAAUCGAAGGAGAGUUUGCUAUUUGUAUUAGUUUAUACCAUGGUUAUGAAUUAUUGCAGCAAAUGGGAAUGAGAUCAUUAUACUUCUUCCUUUGUGGAAUUAUGGAUGGAACUAAAGGAAUGACUCGGGCUAAAAAUGAACUUAGCAGAAAUGAGGCCUUCAUGAAACUCUAUAAUCAUCUAGAGUGCAUAUUUGCACAUACACGUAGUUCUUCGGCAAGUGGCAUCUCUGCUAUCCAAAAAGGAGAUGAAGAUAAAAAAUUCUGCUAUAGUCAUCCAAAAUUAAAGAAAUUAGAAGAAGUUGUAGUUGAACACUUCAAGUCAUGGAAUGCUCAAAACAGGUCUGAAAAGAAAUGUGAUGAGACCAGAGUUAUGAUCUUCUCUUCAUUUCGAGAUAGUGUUCAAGAAAUUGCAGAAAUGCUUUUACAGCAUCAGCCAGUUAUUAGAGUCAUGACUUUUGUUGGCCAUGCCUCAGGGAAAAGCAUGAAGGGUUUUACCCAGAAGGAGCAACUGGAGGUAGUGAAACAAUUUCGUAGCGGUGGUUACAAUACAUUGGUUUCUACUUGUGUUGGGGAGGAAGGUUUGGAUAUAGGAGAAGUUGAUCUUAUAAUAUGUUUUGAUGCCCAGAAGAGCCCAAUUCGUCUUGUACAACGAAUGGGUAGAACUGGCCGCAAACGUCAAGGCAGGAUUGUUGUUAUCCUUGCAGAAGGACGAGAAGAACGUACUUAUAAUCAAAGUCAGUCCAACAAAAGAAGUAUUUAUAAAGCUAUUUCAGGUAACAAGCAGGUCCUUCAUUUUUACCAAGGAAGUCCACGAAUGGUUCCUGAUGGAAUCAACCCACAAUUACAUAAGAUGUUCAUCACUCAUGGUGUCUUUGAACCAGAGAAGCCUUCUCGGAAUUUGCAGCGAAAGUCAUCUAUCUUUUCCCAUAGGAAUGAAAUGAGGCAAAGUAAUUCAAAGAAAGACUGGUUCUUAUCUGAAGAAGAAUUUAAAUUAUGGAACAAACGAUACAGAUUAAGAGACAGUGAUGGAACUAAGGAAAUAACAUUGCCUCAAGUUCAGUUUCUGUCUUUACAAAAUGAGAACAGACAAACUCAAGAACCAACCAUUGGAAUUCAUCAACUCUCUCUCUCUGAAUGGAGACUGUGGCAGGAUCAUCCUUUGCCUACGUAUCAAGUUGACCAUUCAGAUCGAUGUCACCAUUUCAUAAACAUUAUGCAAAUGAUAGAAGGAAUGAGACAUGAAGAGGGAGAAUGCAGUUAUGAAUUGGAAGUUAAAUCUUAUUUACAAAUGGAAGAUGUUAGCUCAACAUCUAGUGUGCCCAGGCAUGAGUAUAAUCCUUUUGCCUAUGGAACCUUUGCUAGUAACAAGAAAUCUUCAUUUACAAAGAAUAUAAAUCAAGGCAAAUCAUUCUCAAUGACAGAAUCCAGUGAAGAAUGUGCUGAAGUUUUUAAACAAACUCGUAUCAAACCUACUAAAAUUGUUUCUCUAAAGAAAAAAGCAUCUAAAGAACUUAAAAAAGAUCAACCUAAAAAAGAAAAAAAGGAUGUUGUCAUGGAGCCUUUAGACACUGAUAGUAAUUCUAUUGUUGAGAAUAUUUGUCAGGUAGACCUACUAAAUGAUGAAAGGACAUUGGAUACAGAUGAAGUUACUGCCACAUGUGCCAGCAAUGAAAAUGUUGCUAAUCAGUCCUGUGAAUUAUUGACAGAAUGUCAGUUUACAAGUAAAUCUACUAGUUCAUUUACUGGAAAUUCAGAUUCUGGUUAUAACAGCUUGAGUGAUGAGAAAUCUCUUUCAUCUACUUUAUUGCUUCCAUUUGAGGAUGAGCUUUAUAUAGCUGGAAUAGAUGACCAAUUUUAUCACGGUCAUUCAUUAACAAGCGAGGUACUAGCUAACAUAGAGAGAUUUUUAUCCCAUUCUCCUCCACCUCUCAGUGGACUCUCACGUUUGGAAUAUGAAAUUGCUAAGGGUUCUGCACCUGAGAACUUGCUUUUUCUACCCUACACAGAGCACUUACAAAAGGAUAAAUCCACCUGUUUAAUGUCAUAUUCAGCUGUAAAUUCUCAAGAGAAUUUAGAGUUUUCACUUACUGCUCAUCCUUCUGAAAAAAGUUGCAUUUAUGGUACAACUAAUGAUAAGAUUUCUGAUGAAUCAAGCUUCUGUGACUAUGAUAAAGUACAUAAAGGUAUUAAAAAUGAAAAUUUAGUAUCCAGCAAUCAUAUGCAAGUAAACAUAGGCCCUCCAAAGUAUUUUGUUGAAGAGAAGAAUCAUGAUGUUGAUAACGAUGGCCUCCCAAUAUUGCAUACUGACCAGGAUGAGAGUUUACUGCUAUUUGAUGAUGUUAAUACGGAGUUUAAUGAUGUGAGUCUUUCUCCCUUGAAUAGUAAAUGCAAAUCUUUAUGUGUGUCAGACAAAAAUGCUAUAAAUGAUGUGGCACCUGUUUCUCAGUUCUUCAUUUCUGAUGAACUUUUGUUAGAUGAUAAUUCUGAACCCCAAGAUCAAAUUAUCUGUGAUACUAAUAACUGGAAAUCUCAUGAAGAUUUGAGAGGUGUACAUGAAGAAAAACUGAAGAAUGAUGAAUAUGGUUUUGACUGCUCUAAGGAUUUAUUUUCUGUUACCUUUGAUUUAGGAUUUUGUAGUCCAGAUUCUGAUGAUGAAGUAUUAGAACAUGCACCAGAUACAAAUAAGAAUAAAUUUUUAGAUCAUCUUUCUGGAAGAUGUUUAGAUACUAAGGAGACAAGUGAUGCAAAUUAUGUUUCAGAUCAAGCAGGUCAUGUUGAUAGUUCUACAGGUAUAACCAUUACUAUCCCAUCAAGUGAAGAUAAGCGAAGUCCAACUUUUGCACAUUUUCCCAUGAGUGCAGCGAAGAAUAAAGAAUUUAUGUCUCCUGGUUAUUCUCAGUUUUCUUUGCCAGUAGGAGAAAAAGUUAUGAGUACACCACUUUCUGAAUCAAACACACUGAACUCACUUUCUAAGAAGAAAUUAGAAAUGGCUAGGACAUCAGAUUCUAAUAAGGGAAAAGUAAAUCUACAAAGUUCCAAAGAAACAUUGCAUUCAACUUUUGAUGAUUCAGGACUUUCUGUAGAAAAGACUAAAAGCAGGGAGCAAAUCAAUCUGCGUCAAUCCUGCCAUUCUGGUAAAGAUGAACAAUUAACAAGCAGUGAAAGUGAAGAUGAAAUUUUCCAAAGAAGAAUUAAAAAAACAAAAGGAAAUGUUUUGGAUUCCCCUGAGGAUCAAAAAAAUAGUGAAGUUGAUUCUCCACUUCAUGCUGUCAAAAAGCACAGGGUUCCUCCAAACAGAUUAGAUUUCUCAUCUAGUGACGAGAGUGAGAAUUUUCACAAACGAGAUCUGCAAUCAGAAGACUUCAAGGAUCUUAACAGGAAGGACAAAAAAGGCAUCAGAGUCCGCAAGAGACAGAGUCACCUAAAGCUUGUAGCUAGGAAGUUUUUAGAUGAUGAAGCAGAACUUUCCCAAGAAGAUGCAGAAUGUGUUUCAUCAGAUGAAAAUGAUGAGUCAGAAAAUGAACAAGAUUCCUCAUUACUUGACUUUUUAAAUGAUGAGACUCAACUUUCACAGGCUAUAAAUGAUGCUGAAAUGAGAGCAGUUUACAUGAAAUCUUUGAGAAGUCCACUGAUGAGCAAUCAGUACAGAAUGUUCCAUAAGAAACGUAACAAUGUGAACGUUUUCUCACAGAUUCCUGAGCAGGAUGAAACUUAUUUAGAAGACAGUUUUUGUGUUGAUGAAGAGGAGUCUUGCAAAAGCCAAUCAAGUGAAGAAGUCUGUGUUGAUUUUAACAUAACUGAAGAUAGCUUUGCAAGUGGGAGUAAAAAAUAUAAAACCCGACGUGCAGUAAAGCUAAAACAAAUGAAGAUGAGAGAAAAUUGUGCACGCUUAAGAAAGAAAUUAUUCAGAAUUAUUUUACCAGAUGAUUCAAGUGAGGAUGAAGACAAUGUAAAUGAUAAACGAGAAUCCAAUACUGUGGUUAACCCAAGCACUGUGAACAAGAGUGAACAAAAAGACCACUGUUGGAAUUUAGUGCCUUCUGGGUCUUCGUUGCAGUCCAAGGACCACUCUACUCUAUCUGUUAAUCGAUCACCAAAGCAGAGACAACAGACACCACUUAAUUUAAAGGCUACAGUUUCUGAUGUCUCAGACUUUAAACCUCAGAGCUGUAAUAAAAUUGAAUCUACCUCACCAUCCUUCACUACUGUUGAUUCACAGAAAGACUGUAGAAAAUUUCCAAUUCAGUUGAAGAAUGCUUGUGCUCUGGAGGAUUCUGGCACUUCAAUGGCGUAUUGUUCCAACUCAAGACCACAUCUGGCUGGCACACAUGCUUCUCUGAGACUUCCACAGGAAGGCCAGAGAACUUGCAUUCUUGUGGAUAGUCGUGAAAUCACUUGUGGUUCAGAAGUGAUUUCUUCCCUAAGAGCGAUUCAUGGCUUACAAGUAGAGGUUUGUCCUCUUAAUGGUUGUGAUUACAUUGUGAGUAACCGCAUGGCGGUGGAAAGGAGGUCUCAAUCUGAGAUGUUAAAUAGUAUCAAUAAGAACAAGCUCAUUGACCAGAUCCAGCACCUACAGGGCAUGUUUGAAAGAAUAUGUGUGAUUGUGGAAAAGGACAGAGAAAAAACAGGAGACACAUCCAGGAUGUUUAGGAGAACAAAGAGCUAUGACAGCUUGCUGACUACCUUAAUUGGUGCCGGAAUCCGAAUCCUUUUCAGUUCCUGCCAAGAAGAAACGGCUGAUUUGCUAAAGGAAUUGUCUUUAGUGGAACAAAGAAAGAAUGUUGGUAUUCAUGUCCCAACAGUGGUGAACAGUAAUAAAUGUGAGGCACUUCAGUUUUAUUUAAGUAUUCCUAAUAUAAGUUACAUAACUGCACUAAAUAUGUGUCACCAGUUUUCAUCCGUGAAAAAGAUGACAAACAGCUCACUUCAGGAAAUCUCCAUGUGUGCACAAGUAACUCAUCAAAAGGCUGAGGAGAUCUAUAGAUAUAUUCACUAUAUAUUUGAUAUGCAAAUGUUACCAAAUGAUCUUAACCAAGGUCGAUUUAAAUCUGAUGCAUAAGGAGACUGCUCAGGGUGGGUUAUCAAAGAACUCUCACAGUACUAAAUGCACUUCAGUAAUCAUUGCUGUGGUUUGUGAUUAUCAGCUUAAAAUAUGUAAAUAAGAUUAUUUCCAUAACUUAUUUUAUACUGUGUACGUUUUUAUUUAUAUAGAUUAUAUAAAUUAUUUAGAAAGAAAAUAUCUGAUGUUUAAUGACCACUUUGAUUAGAUUAUGAAACUUUUUUAUUGAAGGUACUAUUAAGAAAGUAAAAGCUAAAGAUGUAUUUUUAGAAUACAUCUAAAAUUUUAUAAUUUUCCCAAAGAUUUUAGUGUUGUUAUUGUCAUUUGUUAGCAUUAUAGAUUGAUGUGUCUGCUGCCAACUUAAUGGUCAUAAACAAAUAUAUAAGCUGUAUAAUCUAGCAUAUUUUAAAUGUCCUGAGUUUACAUACAUAUUGAAUAGGUAUAGGUGGUAGGUAUAUUCUAAGGUAAAGGCCCCAGUAACUAGGAAAGUAGAUAAUUUAACUGAAUAUGUUUAUCAUACCAAAAGUGUCCCAAUUAAGUACAGUAAAAUCCUGUUAGUAUGAACUCCAAUCUACAACUACUUUUUGUUGUUGUUAAAAUACCAUUUUCAAAGAAGUGGUAUAUUGGAGUUGGAAGUUUUCAGUACAGAUGAGCUAUUAAAUGUGGACUUUCAUUGUGGUCCAUUACACUGCAUCUGAGAUGCUAUUAAUAUUUUAAGAUGGCUCCAUAUUUUUAUAUGCAAUAUCUCAGUCCCUUCUAGUCAGUCUAGUGCUAAAGCAACCUUUAAUUAUGGAUAUAUAUAUAUUUUUUCCCCAUUUAGAGUCCUUUAUUCUCUGGUUACCUAAUGUUUAUCUUUGGUUAUAUACAUUGUUGGGUAGUUGAACCAGCCUCACAGCAGAGUGUCUCACUUACGUUAGACUUGGCAAGGACUUCAGAGCUAAUCUAAUUCAAAUUGCUUUUCUCUUCCUUUCUUAUCAGAUGAUAAAAGUGAGGCCCAGAAACAAGUGACCUAUUCAAGAUUAGACUGGGAAAUCUAGAAUGAACACCCAGGAGGUGGAGAGUUUUCAUCUCUCAUUCCUGCUAUUUAAUAAUUCUAUCAAAGCCAGGAGAAAAGAAGUCCCAUAAAUUAUUGGCUAAUGUGCAGUUAUCAGUUUAUCUCUCACAUUCAGAUUCAUCCGUUAGCAUCUUGCUCUGCUAUAAUGGACUGGACUUUUUGAGCAUUUCUCCCUAGAGAGCAUGAUUUAAGCUUUAUCAGUAGGAGGAAAGGGGCUUCUUUCUGGUUCUAGUAUGCCGCAUUUUGCUGCUGCUUGCUCCUGUUCCAUGGUGUCGGUGGUGUGCUGGGUAGGCACAAUGGUGGUGCUCUGUGCCCCAGCUGCACACGAGAAGCAUGCGGUCUCUCCACAUUCUCACGCUGCCCUGGACCAGUAACCUUGCAGCCCCUUUCAUGCGGAUACCAACAACCUCAGAUUGUGUGUCUCCACCCAACAAAGUAUUUUGUAAGUUGACACGGUAUAAAGAACAUAACCUAGAAGGAUUUCAUUUAUGCUUGUUGUGUAGAGACCUCGAUCCAUAUUUAAGCUGCAGUAGACUCCUUCUUCUAUACACUCACUGUUGCACUUAACUAUCAACCCUAUUGUUUAUCAAUCCAUCUUGCUGUUUGUCUUUGAACCCUUAAAGUCUUUCUUUUCCACUUUUGCGUCUCCUUUGGAGGUUACUUUAAACCUUACUAGCUUUUCUUAGUACCCAAUGGAAAGAAGUGGAACUAACCAGGUACCUGGCAGGUGGGAUAUAAUAGACUAGAUUAGGAACAAUACUGAAGGAGUUUUGAAAGGACACAGGGAAUAUGGGGAGUGGUGGUCACAUUUUGGUUUUUGUCAAGUGUAUGCUAUUUCAAAAUUAUCUUUUUGCUUUCUAUUACAGAAUUUAACUACCUUCUAAUUCCUAAAACACUAUCAUUAACAUCAAGCAGCAUGCUGUUACACCAAAGAUUGGCAACUGAAAAUUCUGCAACAGAAUUUUUUAACCCUUUCAUUUGUUUCAUCCUUCAUCUAUGAAAAACCUCUGUGGCAGUGCUAUUCUUUUUAAACCUUGCAUUUCUAUAAAUCCUACAGUUAACUGAUUGCUGAUUACUACCCACUAAAUUCUUAAGAAACAAAACAUAGUUUUUCUAAAAGUUCUUGUAUUUUUCAAGGAAACAAACUGAUCCAUUAAUAAACAAAAUUUUUCAAUGAUCCAGUAAUUAGAAAAACCAACCAAAACACAAAUAUUAUGAAAGCAAAGUUACUUUA